ACAUUUCUCACAAUGACAACAGCUUGCGGUAGUCAAAGAUGGCCGCCGCAACUAUGGCGGGGCUCGAUACCCAUAGAAUGGAGGAAAAGAAGUUCGAAUACUUCUCUUCCAUCAACUCGAUGGCCAAAAAGAUAAUGCAGGAGAGGGAGAAAAUCAAAGACAAGCACGGAUCGUCAUGGGAGAAAAUGACUCCGCAAGAGCAAGACAACGCCAUUGACAACUGGAUGAUGGAUCCACAUAUCCGAGCCCGAUAUGCAAUGCACAGGGUUGAGCGUGAAGAAGUCGUCUGUUAUCCUAAACUGCUCCUUCAGACGGGUCAGAAGAUAGUUCAUUUCGGUGAAGAGGAUAUUGUUUGGCAAGAUGAACAUUCUGCUCCUUUCUCAUGGGAAACAAAGAGCCAGCUGGAGUUCAAUUUAAUAUCAGGCUCUACAGAUCAGGGGAUCCCUGCUUUACAGGCUGACUUGAAGGCUGCAAAAGCUCCCCACUCCAACCAGACCAGCAAGAGCGCUCCUGGAGCCAAGGUGUCUGUCAGCGAGGGACGAAGGCCUGAAGAAGAGUCUUCCUUCUGGAAGAUUAGUGCAGAGAGGUCCAGGCUGGAAGGUGAGCAAGCUGAUUUCCAGUCCCUGACGCCCAGUCAGAUAAAAUCUAUGGAGAAAGGAGAGAAAUCCCUUCCCUCCUACCUGCGACAGGAAUCUGCUGUCAGCUCCAAGGAGCCUGAGGCUGUGGGGUCCCACCCUCCAGCUCCUGCCAGAUCCACCAAGCAAAGAGCACCCAAGCCUCCUGCUCCACAACCCCCUGUGUCCACUGCUGUCAGUGCAACAUCAGCAUCUAUCUCCAUUGCGCCAAGCCCAGCUCCGCCUGUCAGCGUCUCCUCUUCAGUUGGAGGUUGGGAGAGAUCUCAAAGCACCUUGCCGUCAGUCGGCAACACCUUGGAUGAAGUGUUCUCCUCCAGCAUGAUGUCCAAGCCUUCCAACCAGUCAGCUACUGUGGAGAAAGAGGAAGAGCGUUCACCCAACUUAGAAGCCAGCCCCACCUUUUCACAGUUUAACACAAGCAACAGCAUCCUCAAGACUGGCUUCGACUUCUUGGACAACUGGUAAACCACAGCUGGGACCAGACACCACCAUGAAUGAGUCAUCCCCAUCAUCACUUUAAGGAAGGACCACACUGCCAUGACUACAGACAUCCACGUCUAAGUUUAAGAGACACCAUUCUUUAAAAUGACCACAUUAUGUUCUUGUAAUAAUCUUCAGUGGCUUUUUAGGACAUUAGCUCACCUCCUGUAUGCUGGUGCCCUCUAUUUUUCCUCCCAAAUUAGAAAAGCACCCUGCUCCACACAGAUUAAUCCUCCUUGCUCCCCCAGUUUUACCCUUGUUAUGGAACACAGAGAAAUGUAGUAGUUAGGACAGGAAUUAAUCCAGUCCUUUCUCAAAAUGUUUCAUGUCUGGACAUAUUUGUAAACAUGUGCAUGCAACGGCCACAAAUCCCUGCUAACUGUGUUUUUUCUGUUUGGUUGGUCCUCGGCCGUACUUUGGUGAACCAUAGUUCUACAAGCAUGUUUGAUCUGUGCAAACACUAAAACCCAUUUUCCAGUUUCAUUUUUGUUGUAAAGAUUAGAUUCUUAUUUAAAUACAUUUAUAAACCACCAGGUUAAAUCAUCAGUGCUGCAGUUCUACCCCACAUUUUACAAUUAUUCCAGGCGAUGCUCCUGCUGGUUACGGAUUUCUAGUAUUAUUUACGUUUUUUUAAAACUUUUGUGAAACGGAAAAGUUGGAAUAUUAGUCAUUAUUUGUUAUUUAUUCAGAACACAUUACCAACUUUCAUUUGUUCUUUAUAAUAAGAAACUAGACUUGUUUGUCUUUGAUAAGGAAAUAAAAUUUUACUCCCAUCUUUUAGUUCCUGGUUGCCAUAGAAACCUAUUGGACCCUUUUCACAUAUCAGCUGCACUUUAUUGCUGUAAAAAGAAGACGUCCUCAUUAACCAACUGUUACCUGUUUGCUUUCACACAAAUGUACAUCAGACCGAACUAUAAAGGAUUUUUUGACUCACCUUUCACCUGAAACUAGAACUGUGUAGAGCUUGCGUGCUUUGUCCCUUGAACUGGUGAAUGUGAAGGCAUGUAGUGACUGGUAGUGAUUGUGUCAUAGACCAGAAAUCCAUUAUAGAACUAGAGUACUAUUUUCCUGAAUUUUAUAUUUAUCCACGAUUGUAUCUUCUGCUGUUUGUGUAUAUUGCACUCAUGCAUUUUGAGGCAACAUAUAGGAAGGAAGUAAAAGAAUUCAAGUUCAA